AUGAUUUUCGGAACAGCCAGAACAUCGUUCUGUUUAAGGGACACGCCAACCUUUAUGCCGUUGGUGAAUUCGUCAUCUGCGGACUGUUCACAAAUCCAUCAAAUGUGGAAUGCUACGGCUACGAUGCUCACCGAAAACACCUCGAUAUUCUCCUCUCUGGAAUCAUCACCAAAUAAACAAUUCGCCACUAUGCCUACGAAUUCAGCAUCGAAUCGAAAUUCCAUUCUUCCUCCACUUCCACCUCGAGCAGCAGACUAUGUGAAUAUUAUCAGUCCAGCGAAAUCAGUUGAUAAUAUCCUUCUGAGAAGCCCACCGCCUCCUUCGUUCACCUCAUCAGCACCCCGUACGACACAAACGCUCGGUAGACCGGUACCAAGACCGAAAAUACUCAUCACUCGUCGACCGAGUCAAUGCCCAUUACUGCUACAGUCACCAGUACGUCCACCUCCGCUGGUACCGCAAUCCGAGUCACUCUCAAACAUAAAUUAUCAAAUGCCUUAUCGUGACCGUCAUCAAAAUGAAAAUGAAUUGCCGCAACUGCAUGAACUAAAUGGUUACACCCUGUCAAAUAAACUGAAUCAAUCGCCUCAUCGACUCAUAUUCUCAACUGAAGUGAGUUUAUCCUUACAGUUUUGGUGGAUUUACGCUGGCCUCCAUCGAUAA